AAGCCAUCUCCAUGCUCUUCUUAUGCUGUUAUCUUCGUUUUGUUUCUUAGAGAUGCAGGAAGCUGCACAAAGGGAAUUUGAUUACUUUUCUUUAUCUCUUCUAUGGCCUGGUACUCUUUGUCAGAAGACGCAGCGUUGUUGUUCGUCAAACGGAUGUUGCAGAAAGUUUCAUCCUUGGUUGGAACACUUGAGAAGUAUUGGCCUUCUUUAACAUGUGAUGCUUUCUCAACAUGUGAGGGUGGAAAAGGAUUAUUUUGGGCUCAUGAGUGGGAAAAGCAUGGAACUUGUUCUUUUCCAGUAAUCCAAGAUGAGUACAGUUAUUUCAUAACAACCCUCAAUCUCUACUUCAAAUAUAAUGUCACGAAAGUUUUGAGCGAGGCUGGAUAUGUACCUUCAAGUUCUCAAAAAUAUCCUUUAGAAGGGGUUGUUUCUGCCAUUGAGAAUGCUGUGGGGGCUUCCCCAUUAUUGGUUUGCUCAGAUGGUGCUGUGGAAGAACUUCAUAUAUGCUUCUCUAAAAACCUGAAGCCUCGUAAUUGUAUAACCGACUCCAGAAGCACUUGUCCUCAACAUAUAACUUUUCCUGGCCCUGUGCCAUUAAGGUCUGAAAACUGCAUCACUGAGGUCACAGAGUUAUCUGAGAAUGAAACUUAAGCUCAUUGCAGUAUCAGUUGAUAAAGGUCUAUAAUUUGUGCAGUAAAAUUUGACGAGAAUUGAUCUGAUAAAACCCAUGGAUAAAUAGAUCGGAAUGUUGGUACACUUUCUGCUGUUAGAAGUUUUUCUUAAUGGGCAGUGCAGGAAAUUUCUGGUGACACACAUGGUGGGGAAUAUCGAUGUUUUGAAAACCAUA